UCCCAGCAACCCCAACAGGUUUGCCGUCCAGACCCUGAAGGCCCUGCUCUGCCGCCUUCAGUGGGAGAAUGAGGUGGUGGCCAUUGAACGCAAGUGUGGCUGGGAGACACUCCUGUGCAGUGACACCCACCACUAUGCAGUGGGGCUGCUGGCCAGGGAGAUGCGCAGUGUCUUGGUCCCCUUCCAUUCCCAGAUGGCAAUCCACCUGCUUGGACUGCUCAGCAGGGACCAGCCUCGCUGGGAGCUCCCUGCCCUGGCCUUCCUUGUGGAGCUCCUGGACUAUCUGGAUGGGAGAAAAUGUCACAACACGGUCCUGCCCAUCCUGUCAAGGAACCUGCAGAGCCAGUGCCCAGACAGGCGUCGCCUGGCACUCAGAGGCCUCCUGGUUCUCAGUGUGGAUCCCUCGAUGGCCGAAAGCAUCUGCAGCCUGACUGAAAGCCUCCUGGAGCUGCUGCAUCAUGAAGACGGAGAGCUGGUCAGGAUGACCCUCUCAGUGUUCCUCAAUGUGCUCCGGGAUGAAGACCUUCAGGCAUUCAGCUCCGCUGCCCCAAAGCUGGCUGAGGCACUUCGGCCACUCUUUGACAACGACAAUAGCCACGUGCAGCUGCUCUCCAUUCGCCUCUUCCAAGAGCUGAUGGAGUUGGCAGCAGAAGAGGGAAAGACAGAUGUGCACCAGAGCCUGGUCCCAUUCUUCCGCUGGGAUGAUGAGAACCAGUGCAUGGCAGAGGUGCCGGCCAUCGUGAGGUACGUCCACCAGUGCCUCACCUUCCACGUGUCUCCAGAUGUCAGGCAGCACAUUGACAUCCGCAGCCUCGCUGACACAAACCCUCAUGAGGUUGUGACAACUCUCCUGCGCUGUGCCCCAGCAUGUGACAGAGCUGCUGCAAUGAUGUGGAGCAGCAUCGCCUCCUCGGGAACAACAGUGGAGAAGGUGCUGCCAACACUGCUCGGAGCAAUGGAGGACUGGCCAGUGCACACUGUGUCCACCUCUGAUGGCGACGACACAGACGUCUUUUCCCUGGCUGUGAGUUUCUGGAAUUGACCUUUGCUCCUCCCCAGGUCGCCUCUCCAGCGACUCUC